AUAAACGCGUGGCCUGUAGUUCCCCUCCUGGCCGCCUGGUGGCGGUAGAGCAUAAAGCGCGUUAAAGCAGCGGCGGCGCUGUUAGCGGAGCCAGCAGUGUGUUUCCUGUUUUAUAUGAGCGGUGUGAGGAGACGCCACCAUGGACAUCCGACCAAACCACACAAUUUACAUCAACAAUAUAAAUGACAAUGUCAAGAAAGAAGAGUUGAAGCGUUCACUCUACGCGCUCUUCUCACAGUUCGGUCAGGUGAUCGAAAUCGUGGCCAUGAAGACCAUGAAGAUGAGAGGACAGGCCUUCGUCGUCUUCAAAGAACUCACCGCCGCCACCAACGCACUGAGGCAACUACAGGGCUUCCCCUUCUACAACAAGCCCAUGAGGAUACAGUACGCAAAGACCGACUCCGAGGUCAUUACCAAGGUGAAGGGCACGUACGGUGACAAGGAGAAAAAGAAGGAUAAGAAGAAGAAAGCUCAGGAGCCAACAUCCAGCCUGAUAAAGAAACCAGCAGCGGGAACAGCAGCACCUGUACACUCACCUGCAGUACAGGUGCCGGACAACCCACCAAACUACAUCCUGUUCCUCAACAACCUGCCUGAAGAGACCAAUGAGAUGAUGCUCUCCAUGUUGUUCAACCAGUUUCCUGGUUUCAAAGAGGUGCGACUUGUCCCGGGCAAACACGACAUCUCCUUUGUAGAGUUUGAAAGCGACACGCAGGCGGGCGUGGCUAAAGACGCAUUGCAGGGUUUCAGAAUCACAGCAACAUGCGCCAUGAAGAUCACAUACGCCAAAAAGUAGAUCCUGGGGUUUUAUCACUGGACACAAAGAGACUCUGAGUGGGAGAGGGACAGUCCCUGGAUUUCCGUUGUGUACCCAGGUCCUUUUGACUUUGUUUAAAUCCUGUAUGUUUUUGUUUGUUUUUACUUUUUUUUUUGUUUUUUUUGUUUGGUAAAUUCUGUGAUCAUGAAUGAUCAUGAGGUGAAGACGGCGAAAAAGUCCUGUAUCUCGUUUUGUAAAAUAAAAGCUUUUACAUGA